UUGCUUCGCUCUGUUUUCAAGAAAAUACAAAAAUAGUAUUCAGCCACGUGAGUGAGAGUUCCUGUUAUUGUUUUGGCAGUGUUGAUUGCUGGUUUUAUUUCAAAAAUUUAACUCUCACUGCGAGAAAAUUGCAACGAAAUGCCUUCAGAAGUUAUGCUUCCAUAUCAUUUCUGGUCUGAAAAUCCAGUUCUUAUUGAAAACAUUACAGAAAAGUUUGAUUCUUUAGUAAUUGUGGCAUCAGAUGUUACCAAGAUAUUGUCUACUGGUUUUUUACCAGAAUUUCUAAAUGAAUUGAUUAUUCAUAAAGAGAAUGAUGCAGCUUUUGAUAAUGUUGAAACAUUCCUUGUUCCUCGAGUUGCAAAACAUAAAAACAUAAGCAAGCUGGUCUACAGUCCUACUGGACCUUUAAACAGAGAUUAUGAUGAUGUUAGAAGAUAUGCAGAUGCAGCUUGCAAAGGUCUUAAAAGAAUACUAAAAGCAGGUGCAAAAAGUCCUAUUUUAGUCAUUGCAGAUCCUUCAUUGCAGAAAUUCAAAUUUAUUGAGCUUGUUUCAUUAUUGGGAGCUGCAGAAGCCAUUUAUGUUCCUUUAGAAAUCAGAGAGGAUGUUCCUUCAAGAGCACAAAAAGUAGAUGUCCUUGGAUUUUGUUCAGCUGCUGAUGGAUCUCAUUCCUCUGAAGCUUUAAAAUUAGUAUCAGCCAUUGAAAGGGGAAGAGUACUCUGCCGAGAUAUUGGAGGCUCUGAUCCUGAGAGAAUGGCUGCACCAAAUGUGGCCAACUAUGUUCAAGAACUGUUUGAAAAUACUUGCAUUAAUGUUGAGGUUAUUGAGAGUGAGACCAAGUUAGCAAAAGAAUAUCCUCUUCUAUUUGCUGUCAACAGAGCAGCCAAAGGAAUUGAAAGACAUCGUGCUAGAUUAAUAUACUUAACCUAUGAGCCUGAAGAAUAUGAUACUACCUUAGUUCUAGUUGGAAAGGGAAUUACUUAUGACACAGGUGGUGCCGAUAUCAAAGCUGGUGGCGUUAUGGCCGGUAUGCAUAGGGAUAAAUGUGGUGCAGCCGCUGUUGCUGGUUUCUUUCAAACUUUAUCAAUUUUGAAACCAAAGAGAAUUAAAGUUCUUGGUGGAAUGGCUAUGGUUCGAAAUAGUGUGGGAGCAGACUGUUAUGUGUCUGAUGAAAUCAUCACUUCCAGAGCGGGACUUCGAGUGAGAAUUGGUAACACAGAUGCUGAAGGCCGAAUGGUUAUGGCUGAUGUUCUAUGUCACAUGAAAGAAAAGGUUUUGAGAGAAAAGAACCCUCAUCUUUUUACAAUUGCUACCCUUACCGGGCAUGCUUGUUUAGCUGCUGGAGAUGGUUACUCUAUUAUUAUGGAAAAUGGUCCUGCAAAAAAUGGAAAUGUUGGCUCUAGCAUUCAGGAAGCUGGUGAAGACUUUGGAGAUAUGUUUGAAGUUUCAAGUAUUCGAAGAGAGGACUAUGAAUUUCAUAAAGGCAAAUCUGAAUAUGAGGAUGUGCUCCAAGCUAACAAUGCUCCCUCUUCACGUACUGCAAGAGGACAUCAAGGCCCUGCUGCAUUCUUGAUUAUGGCUUCGGGACUGGAUAAACAUGGGAAUGACUCUGGCGAACCUCUGAAGUAUUGCCAUAUUGAUAUUGCUCCUUCUUCUGGACCUUUUCCUGGAAUUCCUUCUGGUGCACCUAUUCCUGCACUCACUAGACGUUUCUUACUAAAAUAGUGUCCUUAAUAUAUUUAUAUAUAUUUAUAAGCUGAUGUUUGAACAACAAACUUAUGUUUGUAUAGCUACAUGGCAAACCGGUAUAAAACAGAAUUAUUUUUGAAGAAACGUUUUUGCUGUCAUCAACUUUUUGUAUAUGGAUAUAUUUAUAAUUUUUAAACAAGUUGAUAUUUUCAGAUUUUAUUUGUCUUACUUUAAAACAUUAAAAGUAUUGUUUUUUAAAAAAGUAAUAAAGUUAUCAAUUAUGAAAUAUUUGAUACCCAAUACUUGCAUAAAUAUUUGGCUACUGUCGAACUUGUUGCAAACCUUCUCUGACAAAGUUACAUUGAUUUAGCAGUACUAAAUAAUUGGAACAAGCUA